AUGGCGACUACCACCAGCAACAUCCGCUCAGCCCUCCCGCCAAGCUGUGCGGUCUCCACGCCCAGCAGCGACGACACCGUCUAUACGUUCCUGAGCAAGCGAUGGAGCACCCUGGGCCCGUCGACGCUGCCCGCGGCGGCGGUCGUACCCUCCACCGAGGACGACGUCGUCGCCAUAGUACAAUUCGCGGCCGCGAACGGGUUGAAGGUCCUGCCGCAGUGCGGAGCCUGCGGCGGCCUCGUGAUCACUACUGCCAAGACGCUCUAUGUGGACAUGGAGAAGUUCCGCGAGGUUGACGUUGACAGGGAUGCAAGGACCGUCACGUUUGGGGGAGGCGCGCUGGCGGGGGAUGUGCAGCCGGCGGUGACGGCGAAAGGGUUCUAUACGGGAUGGCCCAACAUGGGAAUAGUCGGGAUGGUCGGCAACGUGCUCGGCGGCGGACUCAACCUGUUCAAGCCCAUAAAGGGACUUACCUGCGACAAUCUCAUCAGCGCCAGGUUCGUCACCGCGUCCGGCGACAUAGUCGAGGUCUCGUCAGAAUCGACUGGGGCUGAGAAACAGCUCUUCAACCUCCUCAAGGGUGCCGGUGCCGGGUUCGGAGUGAUCCUCUCGUUGACGAUGCGCAUAUACCCGACGGCGGAGCUCGGUCUGGCCGACGGCACGGGCAUCUCCGAGGUGAUGGCCAUGUUCGCGCGGGAGGACUUCGACGCUGCCGCCAAGCUGUGGGAGAUGGUAUCGCAGAGCCCGAGCCCGAUGUCUGUAAUCUUCGUAUUCAUGGCAGCGCCGCCGAACAUGUCUAUCGCAGGCCAGCCCGUCAUCAUGGCGCAGGGGAUGUACCCGGGCCCCGCAUCGGAGGCGCAGAAGGCGUUCGCGCCGUUCAACGCGCCCGGGAUCAAGGACAGGGCCAUUAUGGUCAAGCCGGGAACCACCCAGCUGGAGACGAUGAACGCGCAGCGCGAUGCUAUGGCGAAGAAGGGGCGCAAUAUGGACGUGUACAACGGGCUGGUCUACAACCUCUCGCCCGAGACGCUGCUCCGGGCCGCGAACAAGUUUGCCGAAUUCGUCGAUACGCACGGGGCCGCCGUGGGUCGCACCAACACAGGGCUGCACCCGAUGCACCCCGAGACGCUCCUGCGAACCGGCGGCGCCGGCGAGGACAGCUUCAUGUGCCACCGCGACCGCAAUUUCAAUGUGCAGACUGCGCCGUGGGAUCUCGACGACGACUUCGUGCCUGUGGCUCAGCAGCAUGGGCGGGAGAUGCUCGAGCUUCUUCGCGGCGAGGACAGGGCGAAGGGCAUCCCGAACGCCAUACUCGCGGGCAAUGCGCGGGUCGAGACGGACAUGACGGAGAUCCUGAGCCCGGAGAAGCUGGAUAUCCUGCGGAAGCAGAAGGCGGAGUGGGAUCCGAAAGGUGUCUUCUGGAAUGCGGCGGUGGAUGGAUGGGCGGUUUAG